CACACCACCUACCGGAAUUGAUCAUGUGACCAGAAAUUCUGUUCAAAAUGGCAGACAUGGCAGAACAUGAAAAUGACAUUCAGCCAACUGACUUUUCAAAAGUAUUGGUCGAUAUACCCCUCAUUACGGACUGUGUUUUCAGAAAACUUCCCAUGAGGACGCUGAAUACUUGUGCUAGGGUUUGCAAAUUAUGGCAUGAGGCAGUUCAGAAGAUGAAGCGGCGAAGACAGGAAAGUUUAUGGCUCCUUUUCACACUGCCGUCCGAUACUGACUUCACUGAAGCUUCCUCAGUUCAAGUUUCUGAACAAAUUGAUGACAGAUUAAAAGUAAUGUCAAGUCAACCUAGCACAGCCCUCCUUUUCCUUUCAACAUCUGCACUUGAGCACCCAAUCCCCAUUCCAAGAGAUAUAUCCUCAACAAAUACUCGUCCAAGAGCAUGCAAGCAAGAAAAAGUUGAGAUACCAGCCUACCUGAGGAGAGCUUUACCCGACACAUGUACUCUAAUUGGAAUGACAACUGAUGGAAUUAUAGGUACUGUGACUGAUAACUGUCAUCCAGUUGAGCUGGAAAACUGUGAUGCAGGAUCUCUUCUCCUUCUUCCAAAAAUAAAUGGACUUGGUGUGCAUACAUUUACUUUAACUGAAGAUGCUUUCAGUAUGUCAAAUCCGUCUCGGGAAGAUUUGGAGCGAAUUUCCGGGAUUCCUGAUCAUCAGGAUAUAAAAGUGCUAUUCUUAUUCUUUGGUGUGGACUCUUCUGUUGCCUUUACAUCUGCUGAAGACACAAUGGUCAAGGCCUUCGUUUAUGAAUAUAAAGAUAUUGUUGUAGCUGGUGGAUAUGUGGACAAUCUGAUAUACAUGAAUGCCAACAAGACAAAGAUCACAGAAAAUGAUGUUGCUGUUGGCAUAGCUCUUUACGGAGAUCGGAUCAAGAUGGCAUCAACAAUUCUGGACCAGUCUGUCAAAUCCACCAAAAAGGCGGAAGAAUGCAUAAAAAAAUUGAAGGACACAAACAUACCAGUUGACUCGUCACAUCAUUCAUUCGGUUUCCAGUUUGCUUGUGUUGGGCGGGGUUACCACCAGUAUCAUAAAAACAAUGUGGAAGCAGACAUUUUUAGAAAAUUCUUUCCAAAUAUUCCUCUGUUGGGAUUCUUUGGAGGUGGUGAAAUUGGCCUGAAUUAUUUACCCGACUAUUCUGGAUCUGAAACGUCCAAGAAGGAAAUAGAUCCCUUCCUGAGAAUGAACCACUCCUACACGACUAUAAUGUGUCUUCUUUCAGUUCCUAAGAAUAAAGUUUCACUCUGACAGUGUUAGUACAUGUAUUUAUGGUGGUCUUUAAUCGAAUUCAGGGGAGCCACACAGCCCCCAAAGUUCAGUGAUAGAUUUGGGUUCCUCCUAUUCAAGAUCAUAACAUGUAAGGUUAGAUUUUGUAUCAACUAUUCUUAAAUAAUUAAAUAGCCCAUCAAAUCAACUUUUUAGUUUUGUGGUGUUUUUGUCCAAAAUC